AUGGCAUAUCGGGGAAUACAAUCACGUAAAUACAUGCCUCAUAUGUUUCAACUUAACUACAAACAUCCGCCCAUUUCAUACCAGGGAGAAGCCGCAAGCGCAUUGGCAGUAGGCAGCGGUCUUGCCACUGGUGGGUUUGCUAUGGCUCUUUUUGGAAGCUGGUGGAUUUGGGAUAUAUCAUCUCUCAGUGAGUUCAGUGCCAAGUUAAGAAAGUUGAUGGGUCAGAAUCCCGAAACUUUGGAUGACUCAUUGUCCAAUAUGCCACUGGAUAAGGACACUUCCGAGGUAAUUGGUCAAAUAGAGGCAUUAAUGAACAAAAAAUGA